UUUUCCUCCCCCCACCCACCCCUUGAACUUGUUGCUUGGCGCUCGGCGGUGGCGGAGUGGGGUGGGGGUGGGGGAAAGCCUUAUUAUCGAUGUCCCUUUGGAUGCGAUCGAGCUUUCUCAGGAGCAACUACUUCCCCGCCGUUCCCGGCGGGGCGCGGAGAUCCAGCGGCGGAGCCCGUAUUUCCAAAAGUCUCUAUGCAACUGAGCGCUCUCACCAGACUUUCACAGUGUCUGGACCAGAACUGUCUGUAGAUUUGCUCCGUCAGUUGUAAUAGCUGUAUGGGACCAUGGCAGCAGGAGUAGCAGCAUGGUUGCCCUUUGCCAGGGCAGCGGCCAUAGGAUGGAUGCCAGUGGCCACAGGUCCCAUGCCAGCUGCUCCACGGCAGGAGAGGAAGCGAAGCCAGGACUCCCUGAUUGUGCUGAAUGUAAGUGGCAUCCAGUUCCAGACGUGGCUGGACACCUUAGAACGCUACCCUGACACACUGUUGGGCAGUUCAGAGCGGGACUUCUUUUACCACCCUGAGACACAGCAGUACUUUUUUGAUCGGGACCCUGACAUUUUCCGCCACAUUCUCAACUUCUACCGUACUGGGAAGCUUCAUUAUCCCCGCCAGGAGUGCAUCUCUGCUUACGAUGAGGAGCUGGCCUUCUUUGGCAUCAUCCCUGAGAUCAUUGGUGACUGCUGUUAUGAGGAGUACAAGGAUCGCCGGCGUGAGAAUGCUGAGCGCCUGCAGGAUGAUGCUGAUCAGGAUCAUGCAGCUGAGAGCUCCCUGCCCUCAAUGACAGCUCGGCAGAGGAUGUGGCGGGCCUUUGAAAAUCCCCACACCAGUACACUGGCUCUGGUCUUCUACUAUGUCACUGGUUUCUUCAUUGCUGUCUCUGUUAUUGCCAAUGUGGUGGAAACAGUGCCCUGUGGGGUAAGCCCGGGACGCAUCAAGGAGCUGCCCUGUGGAGAGCGCUAUGCCGUGGCUUUCUUCUGUCUGGAUACCGCCUGUGUCAUGAUCUUCACAGUUGAAUAUCUCCUACGCCUGCUGGCAGCCCCUAGUCGCUACAAAUUCGUGCGCAGUGUCAUGAGUAUCAUUGAUGUGGUAGCCAUCAUGCCCUAUUACAUUGGUCUGGUGAUGACAGAUAAUGAAGAUGUCAGUGGGGCUUUUGUGACACUAAGAGUCUUUCGUGUCUUCAGGAUCUUUAAGUUUUCCCGCCACUCGCAGGGGCUGCGUAUCCUGGGCUAUACCCUCAAAAGCUGCGCCUCGGAGUUAGGCUUCCUCCUCUUCUCACUCACUAUGGCCAUCAUCAUCUUUGCCACAGUCAUGUACUAUGCAGAGAAAGGUUCAUCAGCCAGCAAGUUCACCAGCAUUCCUGCAGCCUUCUGGUACACCAUUGUCACCAUGACAACAUUGGGGUAUGGUGACAUGGUGCCAAAGACAAUAGCUGGCAAGAUUUUUGGUUCAAUAUGCUCCCUGAGUGGGGUCUUAGUAAUUGCUCUGCCAGUCCCUGUCAUUGUCUCCAACUUCAGCCGUAUCUACCACCAGAACCAACGUGCAGACAAGCGCAGGGCACAAAAGAAAGCCAGACUUGCUCGAAUUCGUGCUGCAAAGAGUGGGAGUGCUAAUGCCUACAUGCAGAGCAAACGAAAUGGCUUACUGAGUAACCAGCUGCAGCAGUCCUCCAGUGAAGAAGAACAAGCCUUUGUUAGCAAAUCUGGCUCUUCCUUUGAAACACAGCACCACCACCUGCUUCACUGUCUGGAAAAAACUACGAAUCACGAGUUUGUGGAUGAACAAGUCUAUGAAGAAAGCUGCAUGGAGGUUUCUACAGUCAAUAGACCCCCAAGCCACAGCCCCUCUCUGUCAUCUCAACAAGGUGUCACCAGCACUUGCUGCUCACGAAGACAUAAAAAGACUUACCGCAUCCCAAACACCACUAUUGCUGGCAGCCGUCAAGGCAGCGUGCAAGAGCUCAGCACCAUCCAGAUCAGAUGUGUGGAGAGGACACCUCUGUCUAACAGCCGAUCCAGCUUAAAUGCCAAAGUAGAAGAGUGUGUUAAACUAAACUGUGAGCAGCCUUACGUCACUACAGCAAUAAUUAGCAUCCCAACACCUCCAGUCACCACACCUGAAGGAGAUGAUAGGCCAGAGUCUCCCGAAUAUUCAGGAGGAAACAUUGUCAGAGUAUCUGCUUUGUAAAACAAGGAAUUAUUUAUAAAUUAGAAUAAAGACCACUUGCAAGCUGAGCUGGAGCAGUGGGAAACAAGUACCGAGGAAUGAGAGAGCUGACAAAGACAACACCCCUUGAUGUGUGUGCCAGCAGCAAUGGAUCGAGAGGUUCAGAAGAACCACAGCACUUUGUGGGUCUCAGUGUCAUAGCGUGUGAACCAAAUGGAGUUUCUACACACUGUUGGAACUGACACAUAGUGGAAGCUUCUGUGACCAUCCUGACUUACUAUAUGAGCACAAUGAAAUGUCCCCAUUGAUGCUUCUUCUUAUCAUGAGAGCUCUUUUUAGAAAAAAAGAAGAAAAAACAAAACAAAACAAAAAAUAGAAACAAACCUGUGUUCCUGCUGAAUGCAAAAUGAGAAACAUUUUGAUAACUUGUCUUUUUUUCUCCUGUUAAUAAACCACAAACUUGUUGAGAAACUAUGAAAAAAAAAAAAAGGGAAAAAAAAUGCUCAUAUGAAAUAUGUUUGUACUGACUGAAAUAAAUACAACCAUAAUGCAUGCUGAAAUUAUUUGGAGCUGUGAUCUCAGUUUACUUUUGUUGUUUUUCAGAUUAGGCAUGAUAAAAUAUUACUGUAGAAAGGGGCAUUUCUGUGCACUUACAACAAGCUAAUUGUUAAUGUUCCAUGGUAGUUGUACAAAUAACUUCCCUUUGAAAAACACAGUAUUUCUUAUUUAAACACUUAUUAGUGAACUAAAGGUGUUCAGUUAGUUCAAUAUUUACUAUUGUUUUAUCUUGCUUCCUAGGUACUGUUACAACUGCAAUAAGUCAUUGUACACAUGUUGUAUCAGGAAUCAGGAUUUAUUUUUCUUUAAGGUAUUUUACACAACUUCAUCUACACUAUAAACUGCAAAUUGCAAACAUUCAAAUAAUCUUACAGCCAAACUGUGCAUCACAAAUGUGCUACUCAAUCAAUGUUUGUUUUGUCCACUGUCCUCUAUUUCUAUGACAGUUCAUUGCCCACUCCAAUGUUACUGUAAUGUUUGGGAUUUUAAGGCAUAGUCAUUUGUUCCAUAGACAUCCUGUCUACUUCUAUAUUUUCAGAACAAGCCUCUUGUUCCAAUGUACUGUUACAGAAUCAAUACUAUUUGAAAUGAAUUUACAACAAAGGUGUUUUGAGGAUCCACUAACACUUAUCUCCAAACCUUUCCCACUGACAUUCUGCAGCAUCCAGAGUAUUGGCUAAGGUGGAAGACACUGAAAGCUGUUCAGUAAAAAUAAUGACUAAAUUAUUUUUGUAAUUAUCAGUAAACUUGCAUCCUAAAAUUUGAGAAUUUAUAUUGUGUCAAGAUAUUUAUUUACAACAGAACAGUGAUAGAAUAAUGUAUUGGGUCCCAAAGCUACAAAAAUGCAAUUGAUAUCAAUUGGAAUUUGCCUAGGUGGGCAGGCCUAGAAGGCACUGCAAAGGCUCUGCUAGUUAAGGUUUUUUGGCUUAAUUUUUAAAAUGCGUUGAUGUUAGCAGGAACCUUUCUGAUAAAAAAGUGUCAUUUUUCUCCAUAAGAGUGUGUUAGAAGAUGUAUCAUAAUGCUUCCUAUAUACAUGAACUACCAUACAUCAUAUACAUCAAGUAUACAUGGAAUAUAUGCAUAUCAAUACACACAUAUAUACAUCGAGAACACUGGAUCAGAAAUGAUUGCAUGUCUGCAAAAUAAAAUAUGCAUAUAAAUCAAAGGCUCAGUGCAUUAGAGGCCAUUACAGUACAUGAUUAACAGUUACUUAAUAGUUUGAGUAGUGUAUAUUUCAGAAUAGUAUUUGUUAGCAUUCUACUGACCUUAAAAUUUGCAUUAGGAGAAAACACCCACUAAAAACUGAAACUUGCUGAUGAUACACCACAUUUUACUGCACAGAUAAUAAUAUUUCUCUGUACAUGUCAACAGAGAUUGAAGAGUAGAUGAUGGACUAUCGUGCUACAGUAUAUACACCAAAAUAUAACAAUGACAGAUACUAGACUUAAAUUGCAAUUAAAAGGAGUAUAUAAUGUAAUGGAAUACUUUUUUUUUUUUCUUAUCGUUUAGUUAUUCAGAAGCUUAGCUAAUUUGCAGUGAACUUCCCACUUUUUGUGCAAAUCAGAAUAACUUACCAUAAACUGAGCUUCUAAAUUUCUUUUAGAUCAAAAUAGAUAGAAGAAGCAUAGAUUGUCCUCUGACAAAACACUAACUCUGAGUAUUUCUGAAGUUUACUACAUUGCAUUGCUCUCCUCUCUUCUAGCAUGUUAGAAAAUUGUGGUAGAUCUGCUGAAGUUGAUGAGUUACCUAAGUUUUAAUGGGGUUAAAUAGAAGCAAAAUGGUCCUAGAGCUUUUAUUUACAUACUCCUUCUACCCAUGGCCACUCAUAAAAAAAACUGUCUUGGUCUCAACCUUUUGCUAGAACAGUUAUUGAUACAAAUCUGCCUUGAUACUAGCAAUCUGCAACAACAGCUUAAUGCCAUAUGGUACUUCUUGACCAGUUACAUCAGGUGAAUAAUGUAAAAAGGCAGUUAUUGAACUCAGAUUACAUCCAACCCAAAAAAACUACUGACUCCAUCGAGUCAUGUCUCUUAAAAAAUCUUUAUUCUCCUUUUUGUAUGAAUUAAAAAAAAAAAAAAAAAUCACACUACAGCAAUACACUUGCAUAACAGUUAUACCCCUGAACCAAUCUGUUCUUUCAUUCUUAAAUUACAGUUUAAGGAAUAAUUUAGUAUGAUUUUGCAGUCUUGUCUUAUAUUUCCUAUGUCUCAUGCAAAAUCAUUAAUUUAUUCUGAAUUUGGGAAAUACACAUUCUUUUGGUGUUUUAGGUGAUUUAAAUACUGUUUUGGUAGUGAAUGACUGUUGAUGACUGUGUAAAAUGCAUCUGUACUGUACAUGAAAUGUAAUUAUUUCUGUGUAUCAUACAAAGAGACCAAGGUUGUUGUUUUUGACAAUUUUGUUUGACAGUCAUAUAUCGUAUUUCAGAAGGCAGCAUAAUACAUGCAUUAUGCUGAAUAAAUAGACAUUUGAGGAAUAUUUAAAUAAAACAUCUGCAUGCUUGAAUGGGUCAA